GAUGACAUCGUCUGAUACAAUUAAUCUCUUUGUUUUGUGUGUGUGCUAAAUUCUUGACGUGGAUAUGAAAAUGACUUGACGUGAGGUGUGAUCCCUGCGCCUGACAUUGGUCAGUGUAUUAUUUUCCUUUGGCUUUUCCUCUUAUUCUCUUAAUGAAAGGUUGACGUAACAUUCCUCACUCUGAGUUUUUUUCUAUUGAGUGGGGAACUCUGUUUAUAUCCUUUAACAUUUUCCCCGCAUUUACGAACCAUGCACUCACGUUUAAACAACUCGAUCGGAUCUAUGUUCAAAUAGCGAUGUAGAUCCUAGUGCACUCGUCCGAAUGUUUUCAGGCUAUAUUACGUUUCUCAAUAAACCUGACAAUCGAAUUGUAAGCAUAUUAUUAUAUACUGGGAAAAUAAUUUACGAUUACAAUUACAUGGGGCCCGGAGAUCGAGAUCAUCUGACCCCGGGGCACGUGUUGACUUUCGGCGGAACUGGAUGUAUUUGAUGUUUACUCCUUUCAUGACAUAUGCCAUAGUCCUUGGUAUCUGAAGUUGCGGAAAAGUUCUUGCUGAUGUUGCUGGAAUUUUUCUAUCAAAGCACGACAGUUGAAGAUCCUUUCAUGCGUUAUUCAAGUAGCACCCAUACGCUACAUUCAGGGGCUUGAACAAUGGAAGUAUUUGUUACGAUCCCAAGGGAUUGGAGCUGAGCAGAUUGAACAUACCGGAAAGUUUCGCAUGGCGUUGUGUGCUGUUAAUAAACUGGGUGACAAGGAUAUAUAUAGUUUGUUUUUUUUUUGUGUUUUUUUUUUUUUCGUCAGGUAUAUUCCAGUCCCGUUGUUAAGGCUCACAGUGUCGCGAGAACUCACGGGAUGCAACUCUUCAUGAUAAAUGGCGAAGUGGUAAGAGUGCUUUGCUCGUGUGUGAUUUCGACGCUUUAUUUUAUUUUGGUCGAUGAAAGUUGACAAUUACAAAAUGGCCUCAGGAAUCACCAACGAUGAUUCAGAUCCCCUAGAAUGCACAGUUUGCCUCGAGCCCUACAAGGAGCCCAAAAUGCUUCCGUGCUAUCACACGUUUUGCCUUGAAUGUUUGGUCAGUUAUGUGCAUCAGAACGGAGUCGCAACUCGUGAUGGGCAACAGUUUACAUGCCCAAACUGUCGACAGUCAACGUUUGUGCCAGCAGGCGGUGUAUGUAAAUUUCAGACUAACUUUUAUAUAGAAGCCAUUCGGAGAAGAAACCAUCUGGAAGAUCGACGAACCCCUUUAAAAAACAGAGUCAUAUCUACAGGUAUGAACACAACAGGUGCACGUUCAACAGAGGUUCUCGGAUCUUUGGAUUUAAUGUUGAUAAAAAAGGCUGUAGGCGACGGUAUAAAUGUGCGCGAACCGUGUUCACAUGUGCCUAGUCAUAAGGGAGAGUUAUUCUGCGAGAGGUGUCUUGUGGCAAUCUGCAAAGUAUGUGCCAACAACAGUCAUAAAGAUCAUUCUUUGCGAUUUGUUGUUGAUAUUUUCCACGAAACGCGAAACAGUUUAGGAGAAGCGCGUUACAAAGCAAUAAAGAUGAAACAAUAUUUGGCAGGCAUCAAACAAGAUUGUAGUGACUAUGCAGAAGGACUAAUAAAAGGUUUUUCUGAGAUAAGAAUGGAAGUAGCCAACCAGCGAAAAGCAGCCCACGAGCUCAUUGACACCCUUUGCGAAGAUUUUCUUAAAGGUGCAAAUGAAAGGCUGCAUCUUGAACUUGAAAGGGUGGACAAACACAAGGCAGAGCUGGAUGAACUUCUUCACAGAGGCAGUGCCAUUCAUGAUGCUGCUGAAGAUGCACAGGUUGGUGACAUUGUUACUAUGGUGAAAACAGACCAGAAGACAAACAAAGAGUGCCGGGAAAUGAAUAGCCUGCUCCCAGGAGUCUUAAAAGACAAGAAAAUCUUCUGCUUUGAAAAGCCUCAGCAAACUCUCAACAACUUGCUACUUACAGGAAAUGUUUAUGGCAUUAUACAAGACCACCAUACAACAUCACAUCAAUUAGAUCAGGGCAGUAACCAAAACAUGAGCGCUGAACCAAUCAGUGGUGGUGAUGUAACAGAAACAAGUUUUCCUAUCCAGGAAGAACAACACAGUUUGACUGCUAUUACUAACUUCUUGGAGAUUUCACAAACUGCAAAAUCCCAGCUUGAACCUGAUCAUAAUAACACUGGUAAACUUGUGAAUUCAUUUCUUGUAGAUAAAGACCUUGAAAUCAAACACAUUAUUCCAUCUUGUAACAUGACAAAUAAAGCCUGGAUAUGUUAUGGACAAGCAUCACCAGUAAUAGUUCUUGUGAGUGACCAUGGGCAGAAACUACAAGGGGUCCACACAAGAGGAGAUGCUUGUGGCUGUGCAUUGCUCGAUCAACACACAGGCCUAAUUGCUAGUCCUGCCAAUCGGAUUGUUAGAAACAUUUGUCUUGAUGCUGAUGGUGGUGAUGAUAAUGUUCAUGGAUCUGUUUUUGCAUCCACAUCUUUUCCACCCACUUGUGUGACAGUGGGUAGCAUAGGAAUAGCAGUGGCUGGAAAACGAAAUCUUAUAUUUUCUCCCACUAUUGAUGGAUUAAAUUUUAGGUGGGUUAUAAACAAUGAAGAUCUGUUACAAAAACCAUGCUCGCUCACAUUCUCAAAGAUUUCUGGUUCAGAUAUUCUUGCUAUUGCUGAUCGUGGUCCAAGAGCUGUUUAUAUCUUUUAUAAAGGUACAGAAAGCAGAAACUUUGAAUGUGAAUCUUUGUAUGAGUACAGAGGGGAGGGCUUAGUUGACAUGGUAUGCAAGGGCAGAUUUAAUCCUGUUUCUGUCAGUGGAAGAGAUGGUCUUGUUGCAGUUCUGGACCAGAGUACAUGCUCUGUAGCUUUGCUGGGUGAGCAGUUUUCAGUUGUUGGCAUUGUAAGUUUGAUUGAUUUGGAAAUGCCAGUUUUCAUUCCAAGUGCCUUAGCCUUUGCUUCUUUUGAUGUGUCCUGCACAAGGGUAUGGAUUGGCGAUAGAAAUGGUUUUGUGUACAUUUUGGACCUUCCUAAACCUGUCACAUGUGAUUAGAAAAGGGGUAAAAAGUAUAAAGUACAGAUAAUUUUGAUUGCAUUUUAUAGCAAAAAGCAAGAGAGUACAAUUUGAUUAUUUCUUAACCAGACCUAUGCGUAACAAAAUUGUUUUAUUUCAGUUAAUACAGUAAAACGCCAAAGAAUAGAAAUCAGUAAAAGGAAAAAUACAGAUUAAUGCUCCUGCUUGUGGCAUCUGGGAUUAAUCUAUAAGCCCUCUUAGGUAUGUCACUUCCUUUCCUAAAGACGAGUAUGUUCACUACUUCACCAUGCAAAAUUGCUUAUGACUUAUUAUAUAGUCUAGUAAAUAAUGAUUAGUUAGUUAUUCAAUUAAUAAACUGUUAAAAGUUUGGCUAGUCAGCUUGAGCUUGAGGAAAGCAGCACGUGGGAUUCUAGUGCAAAUUUAAGAGAAUUGUGAAAACAAACCAAUCUAUGGUUGUGCACUUAAAUAUGCCUCACUGUACAAUUAAAAAGAUACUGUUGACAUGAACUUGUGCCUUAUCGAUGUCCUGAACAAUAUAUCUGUGAUCCUGAUAACAAAAUACAAUUUGAUGUGAUAAACAUUUAGACACAAUGAAACCUGAAUAAGUACACGGGUGAAAUAUUGUGAAGCAUUUGAUUCUGGCCAAUCUUUUCAAACACAUUUUUAAAAUUAAUUUUAAAAAAAACCCCAGCAUUGCUCACUACAGAUGACCUUUCAUAGUGUUUGAUUUUCUUUUCAUGACUGUUGAAGACGUUAUGUCAGAAAUGCUUAUCAACUAAUUCAUAUCAAAUUUGUUGUUUAAUUAUUAGUGAAGUUUAUUUGAAUCUGUUUAAAUUUUUAAAGUGUUUAUGAGGAUGGUCUUUGACUUAAACUUUUGCACUGCUCGAGUUUUUAUUAUGCUUAUCAAUGCCAGACCUUCAUAUGAUGGAUUUCAAUGAGUUUAUUUUCUCACAGCUAUAUAUUGUAAUGUGAUUUUAUUUUUUAGGAGAUGCAACAAAAGAAAGAUUUUAUAUUUAGUUGUUAUUUGUCUACAGAAAGUUUACUGCACAGUAUUAAGUCAGUUUCUGUCAAUUAGAAAACUAGUUGAAACAGAUAUGCACAGAAGGAUAACAUAUCGAUGACAUGGAUUUUGUAUUUACCAACCACAGAUUCACCUCUAACUAGUUUAAAAAUAAAAUUGUUGCCAUCAGAAGAAAUUAUUUACAGUGGAAUGAGACCUGUAGAAAAGUGCAUGUACUAGCUGGGAGAAAAUAUUAAAGUUAAUAAAAUAUAAUUUUCAUUGGA